AUGGAUGAACUUUUGCCUGGAGCUAGCUUCUUUGAAGAUAUCACGUUGAGCGCUCUCGGGCUCCAUCUGCACUGGCUGUUCAGGACAUUUGCAUCCGAACAAUUGGCGACAAAAAAACCAAACAAAAGAAAUCUAGUUCGGAAUAGAAAUCGAAAAUCGUCCGACUUGACGGCGGCGACAAACCCGAUUCAGGAGACAAGGUUCGCGGGUGAAUUCAAAGAGGAAGAAGAAGAAGACGACGAAAAAGAAGAUCACAAAAGGAUCGGCAUGCUGAUCUAG